AUAAAGAACGCGACUGUAUCCAUUGAUUGAGCUGGAAAUCUUCGUAAUGCAGAAUUUGGUUUAUUGACCACAAAUGUGUGGAAAAUAAAGCCAAACCGGUGUGCGUAUUUUAGCUAAUAGUGUAAUAAAGGUGCACGUAAAAGGCGGCAAGCUGGCGCAAGUAGCAGGUUGCCAGUGGACCAUGAGAGAAAGUGGUGGAAGCCUGGCGCAGAACCGCUGGCAGGGGGAAAUCUCUCUGACUGUGAGCCAGGAAGCCAGCCGUGUUGGAGGCAUGAGAGGUGGUCUAAUGGAUCCCAACUCCCCUCCCAAUGCCACCAGCCCCAUACACCUCAAACUAGGUCACAAGGAGAGGGUAUGGACUGGUGAGUACAUAGAACCCGUAGAGGUUGAUGAAGACAUUGGAGUUGAUGAGAACCUUGAAGAUUUGGAAGAGGACGAAGAAUCAGAUGACCAAGAGAUCGAUUCUGAAUGUGCUCUAUGGGAGGAGAAGGAGGAACUGGAAGACUGGCAAAGGCCAUUUGAAUCACAACUGCAGAUCAUGCAUGUUGACAGUUUUCGACACCAGGCACCAUCACAUGAUGGGGAUGCCGAAUUACAAGCCAGAGACUUUCCAGAGAAUCCAGUACAGGUUCGGCUUCAUGGGCUAAGAGAGCAAAGAUUAAAGCGUUGGCGAAGGUUGCGGUCUAGUGCGAGGUUACGAAACCGGCUUGUGCAGAAUUGGAAAACGUGGAGACAGCGAGCACAAUGGGUUGGCAGUUUAGGGUAUCGACGGGCAAGGAGGUGGCGCCAGUAUAGCCUUUACACCACCAAGAAACGAGAACAGGGGUGUAACAACCUGGGCUCAUUACAGUUAGGUUUGGAGACAAGAAGUGGAAGACAAACAGAAAACCAAUUCCACAGUUAUAAUGGCUAUCAUGGGGAUACUCAGUCAAAUUUAGCAGUCUGUGGAGGACGGGAAUAUCAAUUUAUGCCAGAGAAGCCUACCACUCAGAGGACGGAGUUGGCCCUUACAGAAGAACACAGGACUUGUGUCCAAGGUCUUCUUGAUGAAUAUCUUCAGAAGUAUGGAAGUCUGAUUCCUGUACAUUCAGAUGAUAUUGUUGAGGAACUGGAGAACAUCUUCAAUGAGGACUUUUCCCAGCCUCACAGGAAAAUAGUUGUGCAACAUGUAAUUCAGUCCUAUCAGAGGUCACCAGGCACUGCCAUGGUUAAAGGGUUCAGAGUGAAUUACAAGCGCCAUGUUCUCACAAUGGAUGAUCUUUCUACUCUAUAUGGACAGAACUGGCUCAAUGACCAGGUCAUGAACAUGUACGGAGAUCUUGUGAUGGAUUCAGUGCCUGAAAAGGUGCACUUUUUCAACAGUUUCUUUUAUGACAAAUUAAGGACCAAAGGUUAUGAUGGAGUGAAAAGGUGGACCAAGAAUGUGGACAUCUUCCAGAAGGAUCUGCUGUUGAUUCCUAUCCAUUUAGAAGUGCACUGGUCGCUAGUUUCAGUGGAUAUUAAACAGCGCUCAAUCACAUACUUCGAUUCCCAGCGAACUCUUAAUCGCCGCUGCCCCAAGCAUAUUUCUAAGUACCUACAAGCAGAGGCCAUUAUAAAAGAGCAGAGAGACUUUCUCACAGGAUGGAAAGGCUUUUUUAAAAUGAAUGUAGGCAGGCAGAAUAAUGACAGUGACUGCGGAGCAUUUGUCCUGCAGUAUUGCAAAUGUCUGGCAUUGGGUCAACCAUUCAGCUUCAGUCAACAGGACAUGCCCAAGCUGAGAAGACUUAUGUACAAAGAACUGUGUCAUUGCAAACUCUCAUUGUGAUAUUUGUGUAACUACAAGAAAAAAGAAAGAAACGCUCAAAAUAUUGAUGAGGGAUGAGCCCGCUAAGGUCCUCUGUGGCAUUGCUAACUCAUUGUGCCCAGGAGAGAGGGGGCCUGCCUACAAAUUCUGUUAGAGUCCUGUGAAAUCUAGUGACAGCUAUGAUUAAAUGGAGCAUUUUGUUUUGAAGAUUGCUUCUGUUCUGUGCAUAAAUAUGUUACAAAUCUCCUAAUCAAACGUUCUGGCAUUAGAGGAAAUAUGAUGUAACAGAACGGUCAUGUAUGCAGUUUUGUUUAUAAAUAAAUAAUCUGAACACUUACGUUAUUGAAAUUCACUAAGAUAUUAGGUUUGUAAAUGGCAGGACUGAUCACAACUGGAAUAGGAAAAUUUACUGUAAAUCAUGAAAUGAAUUGAACGGUGAAUGCUAUGUACUUGUGACACGUUCAGCAAGGCUAGUCAAUUUAUGGCUGGAAUACACUACAAGAUUUAAAAUCUGAACAGAUUUUUUUUAAACUAGACAUAAUACACUUGCAUAGUUUUGAGAGGGCUGGUGUCCUGCAGAGUUGAAGUCCAAACAUGAAACAAACCUGUGCUGUGUCCCAUUCUGAAGGGGCUCAAAACAAAUUUUUGAAAUUCCGACAACUACAAAGAAAUUUUGGGGUGUAAGAAAAAUACCCUAGGCCAUCAACCAUGCUCCUGGAGGCCCCCCGUCUAAAUUACACCUGUCUGUAUAUCAAGUGAUCCUGAAGACUUUGGAUGGCUCGGGUUUGAUAAGGGUUAAAGCAAAACUCUGCAUGACAGUCAGGGUCCUCCAGCAGCAGGUUUCAAGACUUCUGAACUACAGAACUAUAUCGUGUAUCGUUUCCCAUCCUUGAUUCUUGUCGAGGCAUAAACCCAGCAAACACAGAAUGUUCCCCUAACGUUAGUUUUUGGUUCUUUUUUGUUCUUUUUUUCAACCAGAAAAUAACCAGAAAGUAACGUUCCCUGGUGGUUAUUUAUUGGUUAUUUUUUUGAAACCAGAAAAUAACCAGAAAGUAACGUUCCCUGGUGGUUAUUUAUUGGUUAUUUUUGCAACCGGAAAACAACGUUACCUGAUGGUUCUUUUUUGGUUAUUAUUUUGCAACCAGAAAAUAACGUUCCCUGAUGGUUCUUUUUGGUUAUUUUUUAAUGGUAAAAAUAGUCAAAACUGGUCAACGUCAGUGACAUGUGCAAUACAGAAAUUAUAAAAUCACAUUAACACGUUAUACUGACCAAAUGAAAUUAAUAAAUGUGCCCUUUAAUGGCUGAAAAUAAUAAACUAGUUAAGCUAAAUGAAAAUACAAUCAUAUAUAUAUCCAUGUGUAUUUCUUUAGUGUGGUUGUCUGAUACUGUAUGUGUGUGCGCUCGAGCACGUGCAUACUCCGCUCUGCCGCGCAGUCCUGUCAUUUAAAAAUUAACGGUCAUUUCGUUUUACAUCACCCACUAACGCAUUAGUUUAGCGGUUUAUUUAUUUGAAUUUUUUAUUUAAAAACGUACAGGUAAACUUAUAUUUACGUGAUUUUCGAUUGAUUUGACACAUCUAAAUCAACAGAUUGUUGAUUGUUAUAUCUAAAGACGGAGCCGCGCUAUACUUCUGUGGUGAGACAAGAAUAUUGUUAGCCUGAAGAUAAUUAAA